GACUUGGCUUUUUCCCUGGAAGAGAGACAGCAGUUGAACAUUCAUGGACUAUUGCCACCUUGCUUCAUCAGUCAAGAGAUCCAGGUCCUUAGAGUAAUUAAAAAUUUUGAGCGUCUGAAUUCUGACUUUGACAGGUAUCUUCUGUUAAUGGAUCUUCAAGAUCGAAAUGAAAAACUCUUUUAUAGAGUGCUAAUGUCUGACAUUGAGAAAUUCAUGCCUAUUGUGUAUACACCCACUGUGGGUCUGGCUUGCCAACAAUAUAGUUUAGUGUUUCGGAAGCCAAGAGGUCUCUUUAUUAGUAUCCAUGAUCGAGGACAUAUUUCUUCCAUCCUUAAUGCAUGGCCAGAAGAUGUUAUCAAGGCUGUUGUGGUGACUGAUGGAGAACGUAUUCUUGGCCUGGGAGACCUUGGCUGUAAUGGAAUGGGCAUCCCUGUGGGUAAAUUGGCUUUAUAUACAGCUUGCGGAGGGAUGAAUCCUCAAGAAUGUCUGCCAGUCACUCUGGAUGUGGGAACAGAAAAUAAGGAGUUACUUAAAGACCCACUGUAUAUUGGACUACGGCAGAGAAGAGUAAGAGGUCCAGAAUAUGAUGAUUUUUUGGAUGAAUUCAUGGAGGCAGUUUCAUCCAAGUAUGGCAUGAAUUGCCUUAUUCAGUUUGAAGAUUUUGCCAAUAUGAAUGCGUUUCGUCUCCUGAACAAGUAUCGAAACCAGUAUUGCACAUUCAAUGAUGAUAUUCAAGGAACAGCAUCUGUUGCAGUUGCAGGACUCCUUGCAGCUCUUCGAAUAACCAAGAACAAACUCUCUGAUCAAACAGUACUAUUCCAAGGGGCUGGAGAGGCUGCCUUAGGGAUUGCACACUUGAUUGUUAUGGCUAUGGAAAAAGAAGGCUUACCAAAGGAAAAAGCCAUCAAAAAGAUAUGGUUGGUUGACUCAAAAGGAUUAAUAGUUAAGGGACGUGCUUCCUUAACUCAAGAGAAAGAGGAGUUUGCUCAUGAACAUGAAGAAAUGAAGAACCUAGAAGCCAUUGUUCAAGAUAUAAGACCAACUGCCCUCAUAGGAGUUGCUGCAAUUGGUGGUGCAUUUUCAGAACAAAUUCUCAAAGAUAUGGCUUCCUUCAAUGAACGGCCUAUUAUUUUUGCUUUGAGUAAUCCAACUAGCAAAGCAGAAUGCUCUGCAGAGCAGUGCUAUAAAAUUACUAAGGGGCGUGCAAUUUUUGCCAGUGGCAGUCCUUUUGAUCCAGUCACUCUUCCAAAUGGACAGACCCUCUAUCCUGGUCAAGGCAACAAUUCCUACGUGUUCCCUGGAGUUGCUCUUGGUGUUGUUGCUUGUGGACUGAGGCACAUCACAGAUAAGAUCUUUCUCACUACUGCUGAGGUUAUAGCUCAACAAGUGUCAGAUAAGCACUUGGAAGAGGGCCGGCUUUAUCCUCCUUUGAAUACCAUCAGAGAUGUUUCUCUGAAAAUUGCAGAAAAGAUUGUGAAAGAUGCAUACCAAGAAAAGACAGCCACAGUUUAUCCUGAACCGCAAAACAAAGAAGCAUUUAUUCGCUCUCAGAUGUAUAACACUGAUUAUGAUCAGAUUCUACCCGAUUGUUAUUCUUGGCCUGAAGAGGCUCAGAAAAUGCAAACCAAAGUUGACCAAUAGUAUAAUAGCCAGCAUUUCUAACUCCUUUUAUUUCUAACUCCUUGAAAUCUUUCAUAAUUUUUAAAGGUUGGAAUCUUUUGUAAUGAUUCAUAAUGUGCUUAGAUUAAGUUAAUUUUACCUUAAUAGUCUAAAAAUUUAUGAAAAGAUAUUAAUAUAAAUUAGGAUAAACAUUGUACUAGAUAAUUUUGCUUCAUUAGCACUCUGGUUAUUUAUGAUUUCUAUCUUAACUAUUCUGCCUAAGUCUUCUUUAAAAGCUGUUGUACCUAUUACUGAGACACUCAUCAUUUUUAUAUAGGAAACUAAUGGGAAGACCAAAAUUAGUAAUAAAUUGAUAUGAUAAACAUUAAAACCCAUAAUUAUUUUAUUAACCAUUUUGUUAAAUUUUGAUUUUUUUAAAAAAAAUAAAGACAGAAAUGAAUUUAGGCAUAGAUGAACUUUUGCUAAAUAGAAACAACACUACUUUGCUGCCUAGAGAAAAAUAACUUCUCAGGUGUUUUUAUUCCAGUCCUAGAUUAUAUUUGUCUUUUUUUUGUGUAUGUGUGCAACUGAAUUCUAACCAUUUUAAGAAAGAUCACAGCUGUUUACAAUGCCUUUUGCAGCCUUAGAUUUUAACAUUCUUUUGUCAUUGUUACAUCUUAUAAAGCUCUUACCACUUGGGUCCUUAGACAUCUUCCUGAGAACACCUUUACUUACUCCAGAACAAAUGCCCUGUCCUUCAUGGUGUUUGUGCAAGUGACCUCUGUCUGGAGGUUGUUAGCUUCAGUUCAGCACAGUUUGUGUGGUGAGAGAGGCUAGAACAAGAGUAGUUAAGAUCUUUGAGAAAAGGCUGCCUGGGGACCCCA